CCAUCGAGGCGCGAACCGGUGAUGUUAGCGACGCGCUCGCCUAGCCUCGCCUCACGUCGCAUCCCAUCGCAUCGCUUUGCAUCGCAUCGCGCCGCGCCGUCGUGGUCGGCGAACUUCAGGCGAUCGAAUCGUGCUGUCGCGUCCCUCGGCACGCUUAACCGCGUACCAGAACGAAGUCCCGCCGCUGUUUCUUCGGCCGUACGUUCCGUUCGUGCUUGACCAUGCCAAGUGUUUACAGAAAAUCGCGUGGAUUACGUCGCGGGCGUUACACACGCACUUAAUUAAAGGAGAACCAGGCGACUCGCAACCGCGCGGCCUGCGCGCCCGUGCGAGUGCACCCCUUCGGAGAAAGCCGAUACACGAGCGGCUUGUCGUUGGACGCAUUUGCUUUAUUGAUAUUUUGAGUGUCACAGGCCCUGCGGUGCCUAUGCAUAUCUCCAGAGUUUGGACUGUGUUCUAGAAUACAUUGAGGAUAAAGAGCUUGGUUAUAUUUAAUUGGUUUAUUGACUAGCGACUAUGUCUGAAAUAAUAUACCCACAAGGGUGUAGAUCAGUCACUGAGGACUUAGGUCCAGAUGAGUUAAUCAGGAGACUCAAGACACUAGCGCAUACACUGCAAGCCAUGGGACAAGAUGAAGGAAUGUACCAGCAAUACAUACCAUUGGCAUUACAUUUAGCAGAAGAGCACUUUCUGAUGCAUCAGAGUAAAGACGUACAACUACUAAUUGCUUGCUGCAUUGCAGAUGUCUUAAGAGUUUACGCACCAGAGGCUCCUUAUAAAGAUGCUGACCAGGUCAAAACCAUAUUCUUAUUUCUUAUUAAACAACUAGCAGGAUUGAAAGAUCCUAAAGAUCCUGCUUUUAAGAGGUACUUCUACCUACUUGAGAAUUUAGCUUAUGUUAAAUCAUUUAACAUGUGCUUUGAGUUAGAGGAUUGCCAAGAGAUUUUUUGUGCAUUAUUCUCUCUCAUGUUCAGAAUCGUAAAUGAUGAACAUUCUGGCAAAGUUAAAAGUUUCAUGCUGGACGUUUUGUGUCCGCUCAUUACCGAAUCGGACAUUGUCAGUAACGAACUUCUGGAUAUUAUACUUUUGAAUAUUGUAGAGCCAAACAAAACACAGAAAAAGAAUGCAUACUUGCUCGCUAAAGAGCUGGUGAUCAAAUGUAGCGAUACAUUAGAACCAUAUAUUCAAGCGUUUUUCAAUCACGUCUUGAUAUUGGGCAAGGAGGAAAAAAACUUGCAAAUUUGCAAGAAAGUAUACGAUUUAAUUUAUGAGUUAAAUCACAUAUGUCCGAGUGUCUUGCUGUCCGUCCUGCCGCAACUAGAAUGUAAAUUAAAAUCUUCUUCGGAGAAUGAAAGAUUGGGCGCCGUGGCAUUAUUGGCAAGAAUGUUCUCCGAAAAGGGCUCGCAAUUAGCCGUACAGCAUACACAAUUAUGGAGAGCAUUUUUGGGACGAUUUAAUGACAUUAGCGUGUCUAUUCGUAUUAAAUGUGUGCAGUAUUCCAUGCACUUUUUGCUAAAUCAUCCUGAAUUGAGAAAAGAUAUCACAGACACAUUGAAAUUAAGACAGCAUGAUGCCGAUGAGAGUGUCCGUUAUGAAGUUGUUAUGGCUAUAGUGACAACUGCCAGGCGAGAUUUCGAAGUUGUCUCAGACAGUGAGGAUUUGCUCGAAUUUGUCAAAGAAAGGACUUUGGAUAAAAAGUUUAAAAUACGAAAAGAGGCGAUGUCCGGCUUAGCUAUGAUAUAUAAGAAACAUUUGAACGAUGCCGACGUACCGCAGGCUACAAAAAAGGCAGUUAUCUGGAUAAAAGAUAAAAUAUUACAUGGUUAUUACAUGGCAGGCAUGGAAGAUAGGUUACUGGUGGAAAGAUUGUUAAAUACGUGCCUAGUACCUUAUCAGUUACCAGCAGAAGAGAGAAUGAAAAAAUUGUAUCACCUCUUAGGUACAAUUGAUGAUCAUGCUUCUAAAGCAUUCGUGGAACUUCAGAAACAUCAAUUAGCAGUGCGAAGAGCAGUAGUUGAAUGGAUAGAAAUCGUGAAGAAACCAGAUGCUAAGAAUGAACUAACAACAAAAAUUCAUCAAAUAUCACGUUUUCUACCAGAUCCCAUGAAAGUGCAAGAGUUUCUUCAAAAAUUUAGUUCGCAUAUGAAGAAAGAAAGUAGAUUAUUGCAGGAAAUGGAAAUAAUUGUGCAACCGAAUGUCUCUUGCAAGGAAUGUGCUGAAACGAUAACUAAGGUUCUCAAAAAAUUAGGACAGCCCGUUAUGACUAAUCUGUACUAUAAUACAAUUAAAAUGUUACUCGAAAGAGUGAGCUCUGUCAUGAUUGACGAAGAGGCAAUUAGAGUUUUGAUCGGAUAUGUCUUAGACUGUUUGAAGGGAGGAAAUGUUAUAGAAGAGGUCGGCCUUAAUCCGAAUAAUGCUGGAGAAAAGGGAUUAAGAUUAUUAGUGAUGCUUUCAUUUGUAUUUGGUCCUCAUUUUCUGCAUAACGAUAUCUUGAUGCAACUGGUCAAUUUGCUUGAAUUAGAAGACGAGAUGGUAGCACCAUUAGUUCUAUCUAUUUUUACGUUCCUGGGUAAAUAUAAGCCCCUAUGCGAUGUAGCCCCAGAUAUAAUGAAUCUUCUGGUGCCGAUAUGCAAGAAUUUUGCCGAAACGGGAACACCGAAACAGGCGAAGCAAGCUGUGAGAUGUUUGUUCGUUAAUAUAACCAAUGUUCACGACACCAUCUUUCCCGAAAUCAUUGAGAGAAUUAAGAAUACUCUGACACCGACUUCGGAAUAUUAUCGAACAUCUAUAGUUACAUUAGGUCAUAUAGCGUAUAAUUUGGCAGACAGAUAUCAAGUACAAAUAAAAAAUAUGGUAUCCAGAAAAAUAGUUAAAGAAUUACUAGUGAAAGAAAGCAGCGAGCAAGCUCCUUCUGAGGCUAUUGAGGGAGAUUGGUGUAGGGAGGAUCAAUUACCUGAAGAGACACGAUGCAGAUUGGAAGGCUUAAAAUGCAUGGCACGUUGGCUAUUGGGCUUGAAGACUGACGUGUUAUCAGCUCAAAAGACAUUCAGAAUGUUGAAUGCAUUCAUGGUGAACAAAGGUGAUUUACUGUCACAAGGACGUCUAAGCAAAGCUGAAAUGAGUUGGUUGCGAUUGCAAGCAGGUUGUUCGAUGUUAAAGAUAUGCGAACAAAAAGGCGUCGGCGAUCAAUUUACUGCAGAACAGUUUUACAAUCUGUCACAACUCAUGAUGGAUGAAGUUCCUCAAGUUAGAGAAGCUUUUGGUAGUAAGCUGCAUAAAGGUCUGGGGAGAGGAAUUCCAAACAAAUGUUUACCAUUGGAUUUCAUGGGAUAUUAUGCUCUAGCUGGCAAGGAACCAGACAGAAGAUUAAGAUGUGUAUUGAAGACAUAUAUGCAAACAGAUAUAAAUAAAAGGAGAGAUUAUGUGAAGACUCUUUCGUUGGGUACUGUUGAGCGAGCCAUGGAUCAAUUGCCUCAUAUUUUACCGGAUUACAUGCUGGUUUUUGCGGUACCUAUUCUCGCACAUGAUCCCGAAUUUACGAGUCACAUAAUGGUGAGCCAGUUGAAAACUAUUCAACAAUGUCUUUGGUUCAUCUUGGAACCUCUCAUUACGAAGAACGAGUAUUACUGCUAUGGUUUUUACAAAAAUCUCGUGGAACGUAUGAAGAGCCAUAAAGAUGCAUUAAAACCUGAAGACAACGAGAUGAAUUAUAAAUUGUGGGCUGUUUGUGACUUGGCGAUGAAUGUAAUAUAUACCAAGACUACCAAUUUUGAUAUGAAAGAAUUUCCGAGCGAGACGCGAAUUCCCACGAUGUAUUUUAAACGUUCAGACGAAAUGAUGCACAAUCAUAAAAAUUACUUACCUGCAGAACUACAAGUGAACAUGACGGCUCCAAAAGGAAAGGGAUCAUUCCACAAUACACAUACAGUCAAUGAAAGACCACAACGUAAGGCUAAAUCUAAACAACAGAAGGAAGUAGGCAUUGGACCUAAUGAGACAGAUGCAAGGCUGCAAGUUGGAGAAGUGGAAUGUAUCGAUGCACAGCCUGCGGAAGCGUCAGAGACCAGGAUUCAACUGCCUGGCUUAGAAGAAGAGAUUGAGGAACCGCCAGCGAAGAGGGCAUUAAGGGAAUCGGAUAAAGUAAAUAAAUAAUUCAGUGAUCGGACUAUACCCGGGGAACACUGGGACGGGGAAAGACUUAAAAAGCACGAUGAUAAGAAAAUUAAAGAAUCUAAAAAAUACUUUACAAAUUAGAAAACAGAAUAUUUUGGUUAUGUAUAACGAUUAAUAAACUUAAGUCGUUCGUGUAUUUCUAGAGUGUAAGAUGUUAAGAGUAUGACACAAUAACAUCAGGCUUAUAAUACAAAAAGUCCUUUGAACUUACGAUUUGUCAACAAAAAAGGAGAAAUAGAACGAAAAGUUUAAUUCCUCGCAAAUAUAUAUAAUUUGCAAAAUGUUUGUUUCGUUAAUAACGAAUUAUUAAAUAUUACAUAUGCAUACUUCUUGUUACUUUCAUAUGAACGAUAAAAUCGCAUCAAGUAAUUUAUAAUAUAAUAAAAGAAUUCCUUCAAAUUGCCAUAUAUGGUCAGAAUGACAUCUUGUAAAUUUAAUAACAAACUUUUUCUUGGAUCAAAGCUCUUAUUCAGCAUGACAAUUAUAUUGUUCGACAAAAUUUAAUUUUUUUUUUUUUCAAUGAGCGUGAAUAAUCAUUUGCAAUGUAUUUUUGCUUGCUUAACAUAUCUGUUGUCCACAGCAAGCAAAAAUACAUCGGAAAUAACUAUUUACACCCGCGUUUGGACAGACACCAAAAAAAUGAUGUUGGACAGUGUUCACCUUUGCACUACAAAAUAGGCAUUUUUUUAUAUCUAUUCUAUUUCGCGAACAUUUAAUGAAUAUUGUCACAGAAUUUCUUUGUUGAAAAUAAUAUCAAUUUAAACAAGCAAGUAUAAAUAUAUCAAUAUUGUCAACAUACUUUAUUAAUAAAUAAAGCGAAAAUUACUCUCUGCAAGUGAAAUAUACCCAGGUAUAUUAAUUGAAUCAUUACUUUAAACAACAAAGGAGAAAUACUAUAAUUUUGUUGCAUAAAUGAUACAUAUUAGAUAAGACAAUGUGUGUUUAUUGGCUUUGUGAUCUAAAGUUGUUGGUUUUUAACACUAUGAUUAUAUCGCUACACUUUAGUCGCGAUUAUUAUGAUUGAUACAAAUUAAGUAUGUUCUAUAUGUAACAAUGAAGAGAAAAGAGAAUAUUGCGAGAAUUUGCGAAAACCUUCAACUUUUGUAUUUAUAAAUAAACAUAAAAUUAAAAUUA